AUGGCCGACCAAGUCCAAGAGAUCCUUGACGUGCCGAGGGAGUUUCUGAAGGACGGCAUCCAGUUCAUCAACAGGGCCCAGAAGCCCGACCGACGCGAAUUCAUCAAGAUCUCGCAAGCCGUGGGUGUUGGUUUCCUGGUCAUGGGUGCAGUCGGCUACUUCGUCAAGCUCAUCCAUGUCCCUCUCAACAAUAUCCUCGUCGGCGGCGCAUAA